UAACUAUCAAACCAAUAACCGUCUUCGGGGAUUUCAUGGAGAUAUCGGCGGAAACCAUCACGGAUUUAUAUGGGGAAUAAAUGGAUCGUUUAAAGCGGCAGCUGAUUAUAGGAACAAAUAUGAUGGUUAUGUAUUCAACUCCAAGUUUCGCGAGAAAGACGCAGGUGGUUAUAUCGGUCUUAAUAAGAAAUGGGGAUUUACCCAUUUAUUGUUAAGCAGCUUCGACCAAUCGCCAGGUCUUAUUGAAGGGGAACGGGAUGAUGCUUCCGGUCAAUUUUUAAAAUUGGUCAAUAACGCGGGUAAUGAGGAGUUAAUACCUGCCACUAAAAAUGAUUUUACGUCAACAGGACCGUUUGUUCCGCGUCAGCGAAUCAGGCAUGUUAAGAUCACGACGGAUAAUAGUUUCAAUGUGGGCAAAAACCGGAUCACUGCUAAUGUUGGUUACCAGCGUAAUCAACGGGAGGAGUUUGGGAAUGUGGUUGACCAGGGAGAAAGGGAACUGUCGUUCGAUUUACGAACACUUAAUUAUAACGUGCAAUACCAUUGGGCGGAAAAGAAUAAUUGGAAGACAAGCAUUGGUGUGAAUGGCAUGCAGCAAUUAAAUAAGAAUAGGGGAUUAGAACAGCUGAUUCCUGAUUAUACAUUGUUUGAUGUGGGAGGUUUUGUGUAUACGCGCAAGACAGUUGAUGCUGUCACUUUGAGUGGGGGAUUGCGAGUUGACAGGCGGGAGCUUAAUUCGAAAGAACUAAUGGAUGGCUCAACGCUGAAAUUCGCCGGCUUUACUAAACAAUACGCAAAUGUUUCUGCAAGUGCUGGUCUUAGUUAUGAGGCUGGUAAGAAUGUUGUGCUUAAGCUGAACCUGGCAAAGGGUUUCAGGGCCCCCGGCAUUCCUGAGUUGGCAAGCAAUGGUGCACACGAAGGAACGAACCGUCCUCUCAUGCCUGUCGAAAAACGGGUAACGCCAGGUAUAAUAAAGGCAUGCGAUGAUCGCGAUGACGACAGUCCAGUUCAUGAUCGAUUGUA